GGAUUUGCUUCAACUCACAGGCAGAUAGAUUGUCCCGCUACCAUUCAAGGCACAUAUAUUCCAGCUAGACAUAGCAGCAGGCGCCAUGAUUGGGGUGAGAAUGGCCAGUGACAAUGCUCCGGUGAUACUGGUUGUAGCGCUCAUCAUCUGCGCUGGCGGCGGCAUGACUAUCUCGCCGGCGGCCGCGGAGGAGGUGCACCAGGUGCCGGCGGUGUACGUGUUCGGCGACUCGACGGUGGACGUGGGCAACCUCAAGUACCUGCCGGGGAACUUCACGCUGCCGCUUCCCUACGGCAUUGACUUUCCGUUGGCAGACUCCUCCAGGCCCAACGGAAGGUUCAGUAACGGAUACAACAUGGCCGACUGCAUAUCGAGGAUAUUGGGUUUCGAUAUGAGCCCGCCGGCGUACCUGUCGCUGACGCCGGAGACGAGCGGUCAGAUUCUGAAAGGUUUCGGUGGAGUCAACUACGCCGCUGGUGGAUCCGGCAUCCUCGACAUCACAGGGAAUUCCGCCCUCCCGUUGAGCAAGCAGGUGGAGUACUUCGCGGCCACCAAGGCAAAGAUGAUAGAGGGAAGCGGCGGCAAUAGCACCGACAUCGACGCGCUGCUGUCCAAGUCUCUCUUCCUCAUUAGCGACGGCGGCAAUGACAUGUUUGAACACUUCAAGAAGCAUCCGUUCGGCUUUAUUACUCAUCCCUUCUGCAAAGACCUUCUGGCCAACUACACCAAGCAUGUCAAGGCGCUGUAUGGGCUCGGGGCGCGGCGUUUCGGUGUCAUCGAUGUGGCGCCCAUCGGCUGCGUGCCCAUGGUGCGGGCGGUCUCCCUGUUCGGUGAUCGAGGCUGCAACGGCUUCGCCGAUAAACUCGCUAAGGACUUCGACGACGCCUUGGGCAACGCGAUGGCGGACCUCGCCGCGUCGCUGCCCGGGAUGAGGUACUCCGUGGGGAGCGCCUACAAGCUGGUGGAAUACUACACCGCGCACCCGGGGGCCGCCGGGCUCAAGGUUGUGAACAGCGCGUGCUGCGGCGGCGGGAGGCUCAACGGGCGGGAGUUCUGCGGCACCCCCAACACCACCUUGUGCGUCAACCGCGACGAGUACCUGUUUUGGGACGGGGUGCACGGCACACAGGCCACCUGGAACAAGGGCGCCGAGGAGAUCUACGGCGCGCCGGUGGAGCUAGGAUUCGCUGCACCCGUCAAUUUCAAGCAGCUGAUUCUUGAUGAUGAACGCGCAGUGUCAGCUGCUAAUUUGCUUGUGAGCGUGUGAGUGUCUAAGGCCUGUUGCCAUUCUCUAGUACGGAGUAUUUGGCACUUGUGUCAUGUUCAUUUUAUCGUUGUUCUGCAUCGUCGAGCGCGCGCAGCAGAUGUGUUGCGUGUGCUCAGUUAGUGGUUUGGAGGUUUUGUUUCUAGCAAAAUAAGGAACCUCACACGUACUUUGUUGGCGGGGAGGUGCGUCGUAGAAGCGGGAUGGAUUGUUACAAUCUCUUCAUGGGAUGUCAUGCAUGCCCGAAAUGUAUUGUCACAUCUUCUACGAUUACCACGGGCUAAUUUGCCUUC